CCGAGCGCUGCCGGUGCCGUCCGCACCUCCGAGGCUGCAGCCAGCAUGAGCGAGUGACAGCGGGGAAAUCGCUCCGGUGCCCAGAGCUGAGAGAUGACGAAGGCAUACACCAAGCCCAAGGAAAUGGCAGAGCUGGUGGGCAGCCAGGGCUGGAUGGACGAUGCGCUGAGCUCUAAGGAUGAGCUGAAGGCAGAGAACGGCAGGCAAGGACCUUUCGGGUUGGUGCCGGGCUUGAACGAAGAGCACGACAGCAUUGAGGAGGAAGAGGAGGAAGAGGAUGAUGGGGAGAAGCCGAAGAGAAGAGGACCAAAGAAGAAGAAGAUGACCAAGGCCAGGUUGGAGAGGUUCAGGGCUCGGCGGGUGAAAGCCAACGCUCGGGAGCGCACACGGAUGCACGGACUGAACGAUGCCCUGGACAACCUGCGGAGGGUGAUGCCCUGCUACUCCAAAACCCAGAAGCUGUCCAAGAUCGAGACGUUGAGGUUGGCCAGGAAUUACAUCUGGGCUCUGUCUGAGGUGCUCGAAACGGGGCAGACUCCGGAAGGGAAGAACUUCGUGGAAAUGCUCUGCAAAGGUUUAUCCCAGCCCACCAGCAACCUGGUGGCCGGCUGCCUGCAGCUGGGGCCGCAGACCUUAUUCCUGGAGAAGCACGAGGAGAAGACCCCCGGGUGCGAGUCGGCCAUUUCCAGCCACUCCUUCACCUACCAGUCCCCGGGGCUGCCCAGCCCGCCCUACGGCUCGAUGGAAACCCACCUGCUGCACCUAAAGCCCCCCGCCUUCAAGAGUUUGGUGGAUGCUUCUUUUGGGAACCCCCCCGACUGCACCACUCCCCCGUACGAGGGUCCCCUCACGCCGCCCCUGAGCAUCAGUGGGAACUUCUCCUUGAAGCAGGACGGCUCUCCAGACCUGGAUAAGCCUUACGCCUUCAUGGCUCACUACCCUUCGGUCAGCCUGGCGGGGGCACACGGACAUCCCACCCACUUCCAAAACGCAGUGCCCCGCUAUGAGAUCCCCAUAGACAUGAGCUAUGAGUCCUACCCUCACCACGUGGCCGGGCCUCAGCUCAAUGCCAUCUUCAACGAGUAGUAAAGCGGGGUCGGAGCCAAACUCUUGGCACAGAGAUCGGCCACGUUGAGGAGCUCUUUUGUGAGGAAAUCACUGCUGUGGGGCAGUGUGGUGGACUCCUGAGCAUCCCCAUGGGACGUCCCCAUGGCCCUCCUGUCCCCUCCCACUCGUGUCACCGUGCUGCUGUUCAGAGCCACCCCCAGGAGCCAUGCGAACCCUUCCUGAGAGCACUGCGGAGUCCCACACCUGCACUGAACAUCACACCUUUCCGUGGGGGGAUGUGGGUUUAGAAGCAGAACCAGCUCUGAGGAGUGAUUGUAUCUGUGGGUCUUCUCCCCCAGAAGCUGAACCCAUUUGGGAUGGAAGAGCCUGGAGGUCGUAUCCCCAUUCCCCAUCCCCCAGUGAUGCUCGUGGAGGAGCCUUUGCCCCACAGCGCUUUCCAACUUUGCUCCACGGGAUCCUACUCCACAUCUCUGGUUUACCACAUGGCCCCAGCUCCAUCCUUGGGUAGUGGGAUGCUGUGUGUGAUGUGUCCUGCACCAGGUGGGCUCCAGCCCGUGUCCCUUCCCCACCCCCCACUGGUGCUGCGGUUCCCCCAUGGGCUCUCAGGAUUGCCUGCAGAAUCCAAUGGGAUUUUUCCUCCACGAUGCUCCCCACUCAACAGAGAACCCCACCAUCCAGGCUCACACCGUCCUCAGCUCCAUCCCAACCUCAGGGAGCAACGGAGGUAGACACAGACUCUUGGGGCAGAGAGAUCAGCCGCAGUGUGGGGCUCUUUCUAUAAGAGAUGCAACCAGAGUGAUGGCAUCGUGGGGUCAGGUGGGAAACUGCUGAGCAUCAUUUUAGGACUCCAUCCUCCUCCUGAGCAUCAUUUUAGGACUCCAUCCUCCUCCUGAGCAUCAUUUUAGGACUCCAUCCUCCCCUUGAGGAUCAUUUUAGGACUCCAUCCUCCCCUUGAGGAUCAUUUUAGGACUUCAUCCUCCUCCUGAGCUCCACUCCUCACUUGUGGUCCCUCGGUUGGGAUCGCGGGCGCACAGAUGUGAUGCCUUCAUGGGUGCCCAUCCCUGGGCUGAGCCCCGACCCUGGCUGUACCUGAAGACAUCCAGCCCAAAGAAGUGCAUCUUCUUCUUCCCCUCUUUUAUUUAUUAUUUACUCGGGGUGCAGAUGAUUUAUUUCCUUGCCCCCCCCUCCUCCCUUCCUCCUUUCCCAUCUCCAUCCCGGUGCGUUGCUGGGGGGUUCACAUCGUGCUUUCUGCCACUCUGGGAUUAUUUAUUAGCCAUUAUUUAUUUAAUUUAUUUUCCCCCUGCCCCGACGAUCCGUUUUCCACUGAGUAAUCCCAGCCCCCAACCCCAGGGUUACUCAUCAUCACGGUGAGCUCUGUAUUUAAUGCUGAUACUUCUUGUCCUUUGGACGGUGCCCAGCAGCUCCCAGCUCAUCCCUGAUUAUUUCCGUGAGCAAUAACUUUGAAGGCUAUGCAAUACUUUGUGUUCUUCGUGAAAAUCCAGGCCGCUAUUUUUGAAAUCCCAUUGGCCUGGUGAGCCCGGCUGGCCAAACCUCGCCGUCAUACAGAGGUGUUCUGUAUCGAGGUAGGAAUUUGGAGGUCCCUGUCCACCAACCCCCCAUCCCUCCAGAUCCCUUUUGUACGGAGAGAAAAUGUUUAUCCUUUUGUAAAGAAAGCAGAAUUGGGUUUUUAGCUCAAAUAAUAAAGUUGUGGUCUUGU